AUGCUUGCUGUGACCCAACCGUCAACCUCGCUGUGUCCUUUUUCUCCCUCCCCCUUCCUACUUUGCCCCGCCGCCCUACCUGCACAAACGCCCCAUGCUUCUACCACAGGCUGCGGCUGUGAGGAUUGCGGCGCGGUCGCUCGGUGCACUCUGAGGGACGGCACAGCGCAGUGCGUGUGCCCUGGGGACCUCCCUUUCAUCGCCGCUACCAAGACGUGCCAAGGCCAGCACAGCAAGCCCAGUGCCGCACCGCCAUCCUGUGCGACCCAGGGGUGUCCUUCCAACUUCACUUGCGAUGUUAAUGUCACCCCUCCCACGUGCGUCUGCAUUGAUGGGCUUCAGCUCCAGAACAACCAGUGCGUUGGUGAGUCUGCUUCUCUCAAACUCCCUUCUCACCCUCUCCCUUCUCACCCUCUCCCUUCUCACCCUCUCCCUUCUCACCCUCUCCCUUCUCACCCUCUCCCUUCUCACCCUCUCCCUUCUCACCCUCUCCCUUCUAACCAGCUUGCUUCUCAACCUCUCGCCUCUCGCACUUUCUUCUCUCCUUCUUCCAUUUCUCCCUCUUCCGUUUCUCUCGCAUCCUUCUCUCCCGCUUCCUUCUCUCCCGCUUCCUUCUCUCCAUCUUCCCUCCCACUUUCUUCUCUUCCUCUUCUCUCCGUCUUCCUAAUCCCCGUCUUACUUCUCGCCCACUUUCUUCUCAAACUUUUGCGUCUCGCCUUUCUUCUCACCACAUAA